ACACUCUUCUAGGUCCCCUCUCUUUCCGCGAGAACCUUAUCUCGCUUCACGGGUACAAACUUUUUUUUCUUCUCUUUUAUGCCCCUAGGGUUUCCCCUUUCUUCUUCUUCAACAAAAUCCAGCUCAAUUUCGCCUGCAAAAAUGAUGCCACAAAGUGGAAUCCCCCAGCCACCAAUGGCACCAAUGGAUCAACAUCAACAACAACAACAGUACCAGCAACAACAACCACCACCACAACAGCAAUGGAUGAUGCCACCUCAGCAGCAACAACAACAACAACCGCCACAAUUUCAACCUUCGUGGGCGCAGCAACAACAACAGCCAUCGCAACAAUACGGUGCUGCUAUUCCGACGAGUAAUCCGAGUCCUAGCUCCAUGUCGAAUCCGAACGAGGUUCGGUCGCUUUGGAUUGGGGAUUUGCAGUAUUGGAUGGAUGAGAAUUAUCUCUCCACUUGCUUUUAUCAUACCGGCGAGCUUGUUUCUGCCAAGGUCAUCAGGAGCAAGCAAAGUGGCCAGUCUGAAGGUUAUGGAUUCCUUGAGUUCAGGAGUCAUGCUGCUGCAGAAACUGUUUUGCAGACAUAUAAUGGCACCUUGAUGCCAAAUGUGGAACAGAAUUUCCGUAUGAACUGGGCAUCUCUUGGUGCCGGUGAAAGGAGAGAUGAUUCACCCGAGUAUACAAUAUUUGUUGGUGAUUUGGCUGCUGAUGUGACGGAUUAUGUGCUACAAGAGACAUUCAAACCCGUGUAUUCAUCAGUAAAAGGUGCAAAAGUUGUAACAGAUAGGAUCACUGGUCGUACUAAAGGAUAUGGAUUUGUCAAGUUUGGUGAUGAGAGUGAACAAUUACGUGCUAUGACCGAAAUGAACGGUGUGCUUUGUUCAACUAGGCCCAUGAGGAUUGGCCCAGCUGCGAACAAGAAACCAGUGGGUACCCUGCAGAAAGCUACCUAUCAAAGUCCUCAAGCUACUCAAGGCGAAAGUGACCCAAAUAAUACAACUAUAUUUGUUGGUGGUUUGGAUCCUAGUGUCGCAGAAGAACAUUUGCGGCAAGUGUUCUCCCCAUACGGUGAAUUGGUUCACGUGAAGAUAGUGGCUGGAAAGCGCUGUGGCUUUGUUCAGUUUGGCAGUAGAGCUUCUGCUGAGCAGGCUUUAUCAAGCUUGAAUGGCACACAAUUGGGAGGACAAAGCAUUCGGCUUUCAUGGGGGCGUAGCCCUUCUAACAAACAGUCCGACCAGACUCAAUGGGGUGCUGGUGGCGGUGUUGGUGCUGGUGCAUAUUAUGGAUAUGGCCAAGGAUACGAGGCUUAUGGAGGAUAUGCUCCUCCUGCUCAGGACCCUAAUAUGUAUUACGGGAAUUACCCAGGAUAUACAAAUUAUCAGCAGCCACAGCAGUGAUAUUGCUUAUUUUUCAAGGAGGCAAAGAAGUAGAUGGUGUUCAAGUUUCCAGUGUUUCGGCUGAUCUUUCCAGUCGCACGACUGGUUGUACAAUGAUUUGAUAAACUGAGUGAUCGUGUGAGUUUUUGUGGGAUAUUUUUUUUUUUUGGGUCUGUAACUUGAGUUUGCUACAACGUAGUUGUACGUGUACUGCUGAAACAUAACGAGCAGUAUCUCUGCCUAUGUGUAGACUUGUCUUGUUGUUUUACUGUUUCUGAUUUGCAGUUUUUGAUUGCUUGGUUUA